GUCGAGGAACCAUUUUAAAUGUCUCGAGCUGAGUUCUGGGCGCGGUGAGGCGUGUUUGGGAGAUUCUGUAUGAGCUCCGAAAGUUAAUUUGGGUCGUGCCUCAAGAACUGAUUGAUUGAAUCCAGGUUGAGUAGUAAGUCGUAAACAUAUGCAAGGCCUUUACAGAGAAGGGGCAAGUGGGAUCUGAUGGCUAGAAGAAAUAGGUUUUGUUUGCAGUCCUUUUAUGAAGGCGAAUGCUGUGGAUUCUGUAGCGCUUGAAUGCUUCCAUUAAAAAAGGACAGAAAAUGAUAUCCUUGGACAAUUUUCGGAGAACAGUCAAGAACCCAGCUGUUCCAUACACCGCAAGUAUCAUUGGGGGUCUUUUGCCUGGGGAGCUUGUUAUAAUACGCGGGUCUGUUCCAAAGGAUGCAGACAGGUUCCAGGUGGACUUCCAGUGUGGCAGUAGCACAAAACCACGUGCUGAUGUAGCCUUCCAUUUCAACCCCCGUUUCAAAAAAUCUGGUUGCAUUGUUUGUAAUACCCUGCAAAGUGAACGAUGGGGCUCAGAGGAGAUCGCUUAUGAGAUGCCUUUUGAAAGAGGAAAGCCAUUUGAGAUUGUUUUUAUGGUUCUGCCUGAUAAAUUCCAGGUAUCUGUAAAUGGAAGGUUCCUGUUGCUGUACAAGUAUAGAAUUCAGCUUGAAAAAAUAGAUACUCUUGGGAUAUUUGGAAAAGUGCAAGUUGGUUUGAUUGAAUUUGUUUCCAAUAAGCCUUCUCAAAGCUCUCAGCCAUCCUUGCUAGAGUCAACUGAGAAAGCCACAGGAAAUGUAUGUACACCUUUUCUCUGGCUAGGUUUUUGGCUAUAUUCUGCCUAUGUUGUAAUUAAAUGUUUUUUCCCUUUUCAACAGAAUGAACCACCUGAUAGUACACAGUUUGUGGUUCCUUACACUGCACGAAUUAAUUCUUCUCUUGAGCCUGGGAGAACAAUUGUUAUAAAAGGAGAAGUCAAGGAAAAAGCAAAUAGCUUUGCAAUUAAUCUUAGAUCCUGUGACUCAAAUGAUAUUGCUCUGCACCUGAAUCCCCGUAUAAAAGUUAACAAGUUUGUGAGAAAUUCCUACCUGUCUGGUGGUUGGGGAGAAGAAGAAACACACAUUUCUCAUUUUCCUUUCAAGCCAGGAAUGUACUUUGAGCUGAUAAUACUCUGUGAAGCCCAUCAGUACAACGUUGCUAUCAAUGGUGUGCAUACCUUGGAGUACAAACACCGGUUUAAACAGCUUGGCAAGAUCAACAUACUGGAAAUCUCAGGGGACAUUCAGCUGCUAGAUGUGAGGAGCUGGUAGCUAUGGAAUAGUACCUUUUGCAUUACUUGACCAUUCCUCAAAAGUAGAGAGAACUGGGCUUCAUUCAUUUUGAUCUACUAUCUUCAAAAUAAAUAGAUGUAGAUUGCUUGCAGAAACCUCUGAACAUGCCCUAGAAAUUAAUUGAAGUAUUCUGGCUAAUAACUAACCAUAGCUUAUUAGUAUAUGUUUACUAUGCAAUUCAGAAUAUCCUAACUGAUAAAAUACCAGAGGCACUACUGAGAUUAUGCCUAAAUCAGUGUAUGUUUUCAUGAAGGUAACAUUGAUGUUAGUAUUAAAAAUUGACUUCUGUGAAGCUACAUAAAAAUAAAAUAAAUCCAAUGUUCUAUAGUA